AUGACCAAGAAAAAGGCCAAGGGCUUCUGGAAAACAAAGACCUGGCGAGCUCGUGACCCUGUCCCUGUUUCCCCAGUUCCCGGCGGCACCACCGUGCUGGUGGAGCUCACCCCCGACAUCCACAUCUGUGGCAUCUGCAAGCAGCAGUUCAAUAACCUCGAUGCCUUCGUGGGACACAAGCAGAGCGGCUGCCAGCUCACCAGGGCAGCAGCUGGGGCCGCCAGCACGGUCCAGUUUGUGUCGGAAGAAACGGUGCCAUCCACACAGGCACAAACCGCAACCAGGACCAUUGCUUCAGAGACCCAAACCAUCACAGUUUCUGCACCAGAGUUUGUUUUUGAGCAUGGCUAUCAAACCUACCUGCCCAGUGAAAGCACUGAGGCUCCAGCUGCUGCUGUCGUCUCUACACCACCAAAAGCACGUUCAAGAAAAUCUACUUCCUCACUUACACAGAAGAAACUAAACUGCUGCUAUCCAGGUUGCCAGUUCAAGACUUCCUAUGGUAUGAAGGAUAUGGAACGUCAUCUACGAACACACACAGGAGACAGGCCCCAUAAAUGUGAAGUUUGCAACAAAUGCUUUAGCCGUAAGGACAAGCUGAAGAUGCACAUGCGCUCCCACAGCGGAGUGAAGCCCUACAAGUGCAGGCACUGUGACUAUGCUGCUGCUGACAGCAGCAGCCUCAACAAGCACCAGCGCAUCCACUCCAACGAGAGACCCUUUAAAUGCCAGAUCUGUCCCUACGCAAGCCGCAACUCCAGCCAGCUGACUGUGCAUCUCAGAUCACACACAGGAGAUGCUCCUUUCCAAUGUCAGAUGUGUCCUGCUAAAUUUAAAAUCAAUUCAGACCUGAAGAGGCACAUGCGUGUUCAUUCUGGUGAGAAACCUUACAAAUGUGAGUUCUGUGAGGUCCGAUGUGCCAUGAAAGGAAAUCUAAAAUCACACAUUCGUAUAAAGCACAGCAUGGAAAAUACUCUGAAGUGUCCAGAGUGUGACUUCCAGUGUGGAAACAAAACAAGCCUUCGGCACCACAUAAGAACUCAUCAGCCUGAGCAGCCCGUGAAGUGCUCAGAGUGCAACUACUCUUGCUCCAACAAGGCAGCUCUGAAAGUGCACGAGCGGAUUCACUGCAAAGAUCGUCCUUUCAAGUGUGAAUUCUGCAGUUUUGAUACCAAACAGCGGAGCAACCUGACAACCCAUGUGAGGAAAGCACAUGGUGACAAAGUCAAGACCAAGAAGCAAACAGUGGAGAAGAAGGAAGGAGAUAGGCCAAAGCAGGGUGGUUCCAGGCAGGUUGCUAAACUGGAUGCCAAGAAGGCAUUUAAGUGUGACCUGUGUGAUGCUUCCUUUGUCCGAGAAGAUUCUCUUAGGAGCCAUAAGAAGCAACACAGUAUGUAUAAUGGAUCUAAAAAUACUGAACUGGCUGUUCUACAGCUCCAGAUGGAUCCCAGUCGGCAGACCAGUGCCCCAAUUACCGUCAGUCACCUCCAGGUCCCACUUCAGGCUGCUCAGGUUUCUCCGUACAAUGAGGGAAGGGUUAAGAUCAUUGUGGGUCAUCAGGUCCCUCAGACUAACAGUAUUGUUCAAGCUGCAUCAGUGAAUGUCGUGCCUCCUACGCUAGUUAGCCAGAAUCAGGAAGACCUCUCAGCCAACAGCCGCUUGCAGCUUCUUGGCCAAGUCAGUUUGUUGGCACCACCUCCACCUCCCAUAUCUCAGGGCGAAGCAGGGCCUGUGGCACAACCAGCAGUUCUUCUCACAACUCAUGACCAGAGUGAUGGAAGUGCUUUACAUCAAGCCCUGAUCCCAGCUGCUCCUGUCAGCAGUCAUGAUGCUUCAGCAAACCAAGCUUUCAUCACCAGCUCUGGAAUCAGCUGCUCUGACUUGGAAGGCCUUAAUGCUUUGAUACAAGAAGGAGCAACAGAAGUGACUGUGGUUAGUGAUGGAGGUCAAAGCAUAACAGUGUCCACUUCAGCUCCCCCUCCUCCUAUCUUUUCUUCAUCCUCUCACACAGAAGCCCCUAAGCAGACCUAUUCUAUUAUUCAAAGUGGAGCCCAUACAGCUUUGCUGUGUCCAGCUGACUCCAUACCAGAUUAGUUACACAGGAAUGUUAAUAAACAAAUUUCAGUCUCAGAGGCAGUG